GGGCGAACCUGGAGGAUAAAUGGAGCACUCCCUUGUUGUUACACGACAUGGGUCCCCUUCCGCUAUUCUGGAUUAAGUUGUUUAAUUUUGUUCUUUGUUUGCCUCAUAUUUAAUCUCGAGUUGGUGGUUGUUCCUUAAGUAGAGAGACAGACAUGUUGGUUGUUCUUUCAGUACAGAGGCAGACAUGUUGGUUAUUGGUGAGAGAGACUCGUUUAAGUUUGAGAACAACGAAUUGGGACGGGACAGGAAGUCGUACUGCUGAGGAAGAAACAGGAGGCGGGAACUGCUAAACUGUAUGGCUGCCGUGUUAACGUAAUAAGAGUUGUGUUCGUAGCGUAGUGUCCAUUUAUUCCUCUUUUUAACAUCGGGGAAGUUAAGAAGAUAUCAUCCAUAGUUGGAGCAGGCCAGGCAUGAGUGGCGCACACCUGGACGAAUGGCAGAGGAGGUCCUUUGACAUUUCAUCUGGCAACUGUACACCUGAACAGACGGCCGAUGCCUACCGGGCCCACAUCCUCUCCAUUCAGUAUGCAUGGGCAAGCUCCCAGCUCUCACAGGCCGGCAUGGCCAGCCUGCUCAGGACCUACUCCGAGCGCUAUGCUGCGGUGCUGGACUCGGAUGACCCCCGCACAGGGCUCAACAACUACGCAGAGAGCGCACUGCAUCUGGCCCGCAGUCAGAGGAACCACAGCGACAAAUGGGAGUCGUCCCUGACCAUGGAGAGUGUGCUGGAGCUGCCCUGCGUGCAAAAGAUGAUACAGGCACAGACAGGGGGAGGAGGAGGAGGCUCCCUUGUGGAACCAGCAGAUGUUAACAUAUCUGUGGGACCAGAGAGCAGAGGCAGCUCCCUGUCAGCUCCCUUUACUGCAGUCAGGUCAGAUGCUGCAUUAUUGAAACCUAUAGGACCACCACAGCCUAAAACAGAGGUUAACAGUGGCAAUAAUCCUGCAAAUAUUCAUGCAGAGGGGCCAAGAGGCUCUGAGGGAAUCUCAGCUAAUCCAAACUCAUUCUCUCGACCUUCAGCUCGACCACAAUCUGUGUUUAGUUCUUCUUCAGUUCUUCCACAGGGAAACCCUGGCCCUGCAGGUGGCACACAAAACUACCAGUCCCCCUUCUUCUCUACCUCAAAUCCAUCUAAGCGGAAGAAUUUUUACAACCCAGAUGGAGGGGAUGUUGGCAGGGGCUCACACGGAGGUCAAGCAGCCACUGAUCUGCGACCUGGAGGCAACUUCAAAACGGCUCGCGAGCAGUUUAUCGUUGACAAACAGAAGAAAAAUUCCCAUCAGCCCCAGAGAGGCCAGGCCCCUGGGAUGGCAGCAGCUGUGAAAAAAUCUCUGGGCGCUAACAGGCCUCGAGGUACAUUUUCUAAAUUUGUGUCACCCAUUCCACGACAGGAGGAGGAGGAAGGGGGGGAAAGCCGUAACUCCAAUACGGAGCCUCAGAUCGUGGAUGAGCGUCUGAAAAACUUUGAGCCAAAGAUAGUCGAGCUGAUCAUGAGUGAGAUCAUGGACCAUGGGCCUCCUGUGUCCUGGGAUGACAUCGCAGGUCUGGAGUUUGCCAAGACCACCAUAAAGGAGAUAGUGGUUUGGCCCAUGAUGCGACCUGACAUCUUUACUGGCCUCAGGGGUCCACCCAAAGGCAUCCUGUUGUUCGGGCCCCCAGGAACAGGAAAAACUCUGAUAGGAAAAUGUAUUGCAUGUCAAUCAGGUGCCACAUUCUUCAGCAUCAGUGCCUCAUCGCUCACAUCAAAGUGGGUUGGUGAAGGAGAAAAAAUGGUGCGGGCCUUGUUUGCCAUCGCCCGCUGUCACCAGCCUGCUGUCAUUUUUAUUGAUGAAAUUGACUCGCUGCUGUCCCAGCGAACAGACGGGGAACACGACUCAUCACGCAGGAUAAAGACAGAGUUCUUGGUUCAGCUGGAUGGAGCAGCCACAGCAGCGGAGGACCGCAUCCUAGUGGUGGGCGCCACCAAUCGGCCUCAGGAGAUAGACGAGGCGGCCCGGCGGCGCCUGGCAAAGAGGUUAUACAUCCCCCUGCCCGAAGCAGCCGCCCGGUGGCAGAUCGUGACCAACCUCAUGGCCCAGGAGAGGAACCAGCUGAUAGAGCCGGAGCUGAGCAGCGUGGUGACAGGUACUGAGGGCUACUCCGGGGCUGACAUGACUCAGCUGUGUCGAGAGGCAGCGCUGGGGCCCAUCCGAAGCAUCCAGCUCAGCGACAUCGCCACCAUCACCGCAGACCAAGUGCGACCAAUCCUCUACUGUGAUUUCCAGGAGGCUCUGAAGACAGUUCGACCCAGUGUCUCAUCAAAGGAUUUGGAGCUGUAUGAAGAGUGGAACAAGACUUUUGGAUGUGGCCGUUAAAACAUUGACCCCUCAUCCUGAUUGUCCUCUACCUCUGUUAAAGUUAUGAAUGUUGUUUUGAACUGGGACGAGAGAAAGUUUCAGCUCUGGAAAAUAUUAAAGCAGUUGAAAAAAAUGUUAUGCUGUUUAUGCAAACAACAUGAAGGGUGUGGACUACAAGCGCACCUUCAUGGACAUAGUUUUCUAAAUCCAGAUAUUUGAGUUCAGUUAAUCUCUUUACAUCCAGUCUGAUUUCUUGUGUGAUCCAUGAACAUUUACUACUUGCAUUCAGCCUGCUGUAACUGGAAAGAAAAAUAUAACCACAAUUUGCUGUAGAGUGAUGAAGCAUAAUUCAUGAAAAUGUCUGAAACUUGUUCUUAUGCACAUUCUUUGCUCUGAACUUCGAUGUAAGCAUUACGCACCAUGUUGUUUACAUAAGCUGUUCUAAAAGAGACGGGGAUCUCUGUUUAUACCGUUGUUAGCAUCCUUUUUCUAAUAAUAAGGUUGAACAUUCAGCAGUUGGUAUAUAUUCCAAGAGACAUGUUCACCAAUAUCACUUAUGUUAAGACUUCACUUUUGUCUUAUUCUGUUCAGUUUCAAUAAAUUACGUUUUCAAA